ACAUUUUUUUAUCUAAGGCUCCGUUUUUGAGAAAAAUUAGGUUGAAAAAGUAAUACUAUUUAAUAGGAAUCAACUGGCGCGUCUGGUCAUGAUAUAUCAACUUCUCGUCAUAUUACAAGCCACACGAAUUUGACACAUCAUUCAACUCAGUUUUCUCGAAAAUAUACGCUUUUCUUAUUCCCUAAGGUAAUUAUCUAUUACACCCCCACCAUUUUACUGCGCAUUCAAUCCGUAAUGGAUAUUGUCUCAAGCAUUGAAUCAGCCAAUUAGAGUAAAGAAUAUUUCUCUAUCGACCCUCAUUAACGGAUUAAGCUGCAGCCUGGUGAAAUGCAGGAGUAGGACUCAUUACUGUAUGUAGUUAACAAUAAAAUGGCUGGUUCACAAUGUAUUGAAUAUUUAUUUUUUUCAUUUUAUUUCUGAUAAGAAUAUAUCUAAUACAUGUUUGCAAUCUGGAUAGAUAUGUUCACAUUCAUACGUUUAAUUUUGCAAAUUCCCUAGAGUCAUGUAUGUAUGUACAUUUGCGAUAGCAUAAAUACAUACAUGACAUACAGUAAAUUAUACCACACAUGUAUUUAUGUAUGUACCUAUUUAUAAAUGACAGAUGAUAUCUUAUUACAUAGUUUAGACUUCUUCGUUUUUGAGAUGAAGAUGCUAUGAAAAUGCAUAAAAAAUUAUGCGUCGUCCACCCUCACUCAUCAACCUUUCGGUCUAAGCUUUUGAUCUUGACUUGUGUAGUCAGAGGGAUAUAACGUUGACCCAAAUUUCCAUAAAAAUUUUCACAUGCUUACAAUAAACACAUGUAAAAUAGAUCUGUAUGUAAUAGAUACGUAACAUAAAUCUGUUCUUACAAGUUUAAUUUGAAGUAUCUUUUAUAAUCCAUUAUGAAUUUCAAUUUGUAAUACAGAAAUAACUUUUCUCUCUUACAGACUAAUUUAGUUCAAAGGAGAAGCUUCAAGAACAAUCUUUUGACCUAACAUUUUUUGUUAAAGUUUUAGUAUUAGAAAAUAAACACAAACGAUAAUUUUUCAGAUUAUAAUGAUUAUUUGGACAGAAUAAAAGUGCCUUGAUGACUUUUUGAUAUUGUGUCAUUUAUGAUUAGAAUUGCAAUUCUAUUUUGACACUGGAAUACAGACUAGAAAGGAAUGCAGAAGAAUGAAGAUCACAAAAUUAGGAUAAAUGAUUGGAAAGAGAGUACAUAUUGGACAGAAAUAGGAAUAGAGAUAUAUCAUGUAGUGAAUGGGAAUGCAUAUUGGAAGAGGUAGGAAAAUAUAGUAGAGGUAGAGCUAAAAAAAAGGUGCAGUCAUCAGUAAUGAAAGUAAAGGAGAAAAAGGGGUGCUAUAAGCUAGGUCUAGGUCCUAGGGGAUAGACUAUGGUAUGAUUGGAAAAAGAGUGAGUUUGAAAGAAAGGAGGUAGAGAAACUGAAGUUAUAAGAACAGAACUAUGAAAAUGCAAAGGAAAAAAGGCUUCAGAGGAAGAUGAUAUUAGGAAUGAGGGAAAAUAUGAAAGGACAGCAGGAUACCAAGAAAGUGGAGGAAUUAAGUUUAAAAAUUAAUAGGGAGAUUCAACAGUUAAACUAGUUCAUGAUUCAAAGAUGGAUGGAUUAAUGACAUUAUUUAUCUUCCUGUAAUCUUUACAGCAUACUUCCCAUGAAACUCUUCGUCUUGGUUGAAGUCUAUUUUGGAUAGUAGGGUUCCUAUUGGUUUUAUUGGAUUGCUUAGUAGUAAUAAUGUUGGAGAAGCUUGGGUUGUUGAGGCAGGAAGCAAAUCUAUUUUUGAGGUCUUCAAAAUCUCACGGAUUCCAUCAUUUCUUACAUUCUAGAUUUUCACGUAAUUGCAGCAAAUGUAGCAUAUUGCUAAUCAUGAUUCAAAUCACAGUAUUUUAGAUUAAUAUAUGUUCUUUAUAAAAGCUUAUCAACGUCUGAAGAAUAAACAUUCACACACUUUUUAGUGCAUAUAAAAUAUAUGUUUUGCAUUGCUUAUCUUUUACUACUUCCAUCAAUUUCUUACUUCCAUUGUAAUAUUCGGAACAAAUAGAUCCAUACUAUACAAUCUUACUUAUUUUCUAGUUAUUAUUCAAAAUUAUGUUAUACAUAAUUACAAAUAUAUAGGAUAUGUUUAUAAUAUGUAUUAUACUGAUGUAACCAAACCUAUUACUCUUAGUACUCUUUAGCUGAUAUAAUUUCAAUGAUUAUGUAUAUAGUACUAUACAAAAUAUGUACAUUACCGCUAUCAGUUGCUAUGACAACAAAAUGAAUAAACAUAGCACACAGCAAGGAUGUAUAUUUUUGCAAGCAAAAAUGUAUUUCUAAUUUUUCACUUUACAUUCUUCCAACUACUUACUGCAGAUAAACAAGUUUUUGAAUUUUCUCAAUUAUCGAAUUGCAAAAAUAAUGAAUAUUUUGAUAGCGCAUCAUUAUCUUGUAUUUAUUGUGAUAUUAACAAAAAUUUGAAGCCAUCUACAGAUCGAUUGCGAUGUAUAUGUAAUGAAUUUAGCAAACAAAUAUCAUUCAAAAAUGGUUAUCCCGAAUGCAUAUCUUGCGGCUAUAAUAGAACGGUGACCACAGAUGGAAAAGAUUGUAUUUUAUGUAACAGUACAAAGUGUGAAUGUACUAUUAAUGAAAUACAAAUGGACAGAAAUAUUAACGGUACAUUAUUAGAUACUAUGUAUUGUUUUUCUUGCCCCAAUAAUACUUAUCCAUCUUUGGAUAGAUCUAAAUGUUUAUCUUGUGAUGAUAUAGAAUAUUAUUAUUACCUAAAUCACAUAUAUUCAACAAAAUAUUAUGCAUGGAUACAAGAUCACUGUUUACAGGAAAGUGUCUAUUCAAACAUUACAAAUGUAAUAAAAUUUAAACAGCACAAUGUAAAUAGAUCUAGAAAAGACUUAGAGGUUGCAUUGUAUUUAUGUAAGAGAGAACAUAGACUAGCUUGUGAACAUUUAUCAAAUUUGUGCGUCUUGAGCUUCUACAGUAAUGAAGUUGCUUGUGCAUUAUUUAUGCAAAUGCAAACGUUACAUGUAUGGUUAUUUUAUAACAAGGAUGAAACUGCAACAACGUUAAAUAGUAAAAGAAUCACACAGAAGUACAGUUUAUCGAAAUACAACAAUGAUAGUAUAUUGAAUUUUACAAUUGCAACAUUUUCUUUGCAUGGUAAUUUUAAAUCACUUGAUAUACCUAAUAUGCCAUGUAAUUUAUUGGAAAACGUCCAAUUUGGAAUAAACUAUAAGAAUAAAUGUCUAAUUAGAAUCAAAGAUUUCUUAUCUGCAAAAAUGGAGUUUAUGUCUCCUUAUUUAACAUUUGUGGGUGACAAAAAAGUUUCAAUGCAUGCAUUGCCUGUACUCAUUAAGAAUAUGAACCCAGUAAGUAAAUAAGUUAAAUAAUGUAAUAAAAUAGUAAUUAAAUAUAAUACGUAAUUUUAUC